AUGGCAAUGAGACCUAUGGAUGCAAUCUUCUUCUUCCUCUCUCUACUUCUUCUGAUUCCUUCGCCUUCCGUCUCAGAUUCGGCUACUCAGUUUUGUAGUGCAGGGAACGGGUAUGAAGUGGAAUCUUGUGGGGUUCCAUCUUCUUCUUCUUCGUCUUCAUCGACGAGGAUUUUGAUCAAAGGAGGUACAGUCGUGAACGCACACCAUCAACAAGUUGCAGAUGUCUAUGUGGAAGAUGGGAUUAUUGUCGCCGUGCAGCCAAACAUUAAGGUUGGGGAUGAAGUCACUGUACUCGAUGCUACUGGAAAGUUUGUCAUGCCAGGAGGCAUUGACCCUCACACGCACCUCGCCAUGGAAUUUAUGGGUACUGAGACUAUUGAUGAUUUCUUCAGUGGUCAAGCAGCAGCAUUAGCUGGUGGAACCACUAUGCAUAUAGAUUUUGUUAUACCGGUUAAUGGGGAUCUGGUGGCUGGUUUUGAAGCCUAUCAAAACAAAUCCAGAAACUCGUGCAUGGACUAUGGUUUUCAUGUGGCGAUCACAAAGUGGGAUGAAGAUGUUUCCAAGGACAUGGAGAUAUUGGUCAAGGAGAAGGGUAUCAACUCUUUCAAAUUCUUCCUAGCAUAUAAAGGAUCUCUUAUGGUCACCGAUGAUCUUCUCCUGGAUGGCCUUAAAAGAUGUAAAUCUCUCGGUGCCUUGGCGAUGGUACAUGCUGAAAAUGGAGAUGCAGUGUUCGAAGGACAGAAGAGAAUGAUUGAGCUGGGCAUUACAGGUCCAGAAGGUCAUGCUCUUUCGAGGCCUCCUGUGCUUGAGGGAGAAGCAACUGCUCGGGCCAUUCGUUUGGCUCGUUUUGUUAACACGCCUCUCUAUGUUGUUCAUGUGAUGAGUGUCGAUGCAAUGGAUGAGAUCGCUAAAGCUCGAAAAUCAGGACAGAAGGUUAUUGGAGAGCCUGUUGUGUCUGGAUUAAUCCUUGAUGACCAUUGGCUUUGGGAUCCUGACUUCACAAUUGCAUCCAAGUAUGUCAUGAGUCCGCCUAUUAGAGCAGUAGGACAUGGGAAAGCCCUACAAGAUGCCCUUUCGACAGGAAUCCUUCAGCUUGUAGGAACUGAUCACUGCACUUUCAAUUCUACACAAAAAGCUUUUGGGAUUGAUGAUUUCCGCAAAAUACCUAAUGGUGUUAAUGGCCUUGAAGAACGGAUGCACCUGAUAUGGGACACGAUGGUGGGGUCUGGCCAAAUCUCUGCUACUGAUUAUGUUAGAAUAACCAGCACCGAGUGUGCUAGAAUUUUCAACAUAUAUCCACGGAAAGGAGCUAUACUUCCUGGCUCGGAUGCAGACAUUAUUAUAUUGAAUCCGAACUCGAGCUUCGAGAUCAGCUCAAAGUCUCAUCAUUCAAGAUCCGACACAAACGCCUACGAGGGUAUAAGAGGAAAGGGAAAAGUUGAAGUGACGAUAGCGGGAGGAAGAAUUGUGUGGGAAAACGAGGAGCUUAAGGUUGAACCAGGAAGUGGCAAGUAUAUAGAGAUGCCUCCUUUCGGUUACCUUUUCGAUGGUAUUGAGAAAUCAGAUGCUAACUACCUAUCUUCUCUUCGUGCUCCUGUCAAGCGUAAGAGGAUUUUUCUCGGCGACGGUGGUGGUGGUACAACAAAAUCACCGGCUAAAGGAGGAGGAGAAGGAGAUAAAGCUAUGACGACUAUCAGUCUCCGGAAGCAAAACACGAGGCUCCCACCGGAGGUGAAUCGCGUGCUCUACGUGCGGAACCUUCCGUUCAACAUAACGAGCGAGGAGAUGUACGAUAUCUUCGGCAAGUACGGCGGGAUUCGCCAGAUUCGGAUCGGCUGCAACAAGGACACUAAAGGCACGGCCUUCGUCGUUUACGAGGACAUCUACGACGCCAAGAACGCCGUCGACCAUCUCUCCGGCUUCAACGUCGCCAAUCGGUACCUCAUCGUGCUCUACUACCAGCACGCGAAGAUGAGCAAGAAGUUCGACCUGAAGAAGAAUGAAGAAGAGGUUGCCAAGCUGCAGGAGAAGUAUGGAGUCUCUACCAAAGAUAAGUAA